AUGGCCCUCUAUGUUGACGCCAAAAUGCAUAUCGCCCAACACAAGAUGUUUCAUAUCAAGACUGGUCUCCCUAUCGAGACAUCCCCUGUCUUCGACAUCCAAGUUCUCUUCGCGAACGGCCUUCAACAUCCUGACACAGAGACACACCCGGGUAUUUUGCAUUUUUCAGUCCAUUUUUGGGAGAUGUCGGCCACUCCUGCUUUGGCAUUGCCUGCUGCAGAUAACCUCCGGGACCUUGUCCCUGAUGCAGGUAACUUGCAUCAUAUGCCUACGCAUUUGGACGUGCCUGUUGGCGAAUACUGCCCAGCAGUCGCUUCUAAGACAGCCGCUGUCCAAGCAGACGAGAAAUAUCUAGCCCGGAAUGAUCACCAGGAACCGUACUGUGUGACAACUGCAAUGACGUUUUACGGCAAGGGAAUUGCAUAUGCGGCGAUGAGUAACAUCUCCGAAGCCGCAAAGCAGCGCGUACCCUACCUCUCUGCUGCUGCACGCGUCCCCGAGUCCCGGAGAGACCCGAAUCGCAUUGUAGAUAUUCUUAAAAGAAGCAACAUCGAUGCUAGGCCUCUGAUUCCUCACAGAAUUUCGACGUGA